UGGCGAUGUGGGAAAAGAGUUCGGUUCUGAAUAACCAGAGUUGUUGGUAAGGAACAGGGGAAAGAAAUGGCGCCAGUGGGGUUGCCUCCAGGGUUCAGGUUCCAUCCCACCGAUGAAGAGCUUGUGAAUUACUAUCUCAAGAGGAAGAUCAGUGGCCAAGUAAUCGAGCUUGAUAUCAUUCCAGAGGUCGAUCUCUACAAAUGCGAGCCGUGGGAAUUAUCAGAAAAGUCAUUUCUGCCCAGUCGAGACCCGGAAUGGUACUUCUUUGGUCCGAGAGAUAGAAAGUAUCCAAAUGGGUUUAGAACAAACAGAGCCACGAGAGCGGGGUAUUGGAAGUCAACUGGAAAAGACAGGCGAGUGACUUCUCAUCAACGUGCCAUUGGGAUGAAAAAAACACUUGUUUACUAUAGAGGCCGAGCCCCUCAAGGCAUUAGGACCGACUGGGUCAUGCAUGAAUAUCGCCUCGACGACAAGGAUUGUGAAGACAGCUCUGGUAUUCAGGAUUCUUACGCGUUGUGUAGAGUGUUCAAGAAAAAUGGAAUAUGUUCGGAAGUGGAAGAACAACUAAGCGGGCAAAGCAGCAGCAGCAGUUUGUCAUUCAUAGACAACUCAAAUUCAACAUCACAAACUUUGGUCAAUGAUUACGAAACUUUAUCCCCUGAAGUUCUCAUGCCACCACCUUCGUCUUCUUGUGUCGAGGAAGAAGAAAAGGACGAUUCAUGGAUGCAGUUCAUUACAGAAGAUGCAUGGUGUGCUUCCAAUUCAUCACCCAUCGCCCUCCACGAUCUCUCUCACCUCACUUUCACCACCCAUUGAAACCAUACAUAACUUUUACACAUUUAAUUUUCUUCUUUACUAUAAUAAUCCAUACCAACCAGCUCUCUCUCGAGGGUGGUCAGACUUAUCAAUUUCCAUAUGUAGAUUAUGUAUUUUGGAUGCUGGGUGUGGUGGGUGAGUUCUUGUAGGGUCAAAUCAAUCAUCUAUGAACAAGACCCUAUGGAAUAUAUUUUGGUCAUUUAUCUGAUCUCUGACCUCUCAGUGUUUACUUCAAUAAGAAGAACAGCAAUAUAUACUGAUUCCUUUC